AAAAAACUGAUCUUAUUUUGCCUCGUUUCUGCCUUUCUCCAGAAUCUCCACGCCCACACAAAAAACGGGGAAAACAAAAAAGAAAAUAAUAAUAGUAUAAAAACGAAAUUAAAAAAUUCGGAGUAGCAGAGCUGAAAAGACCAGAAAAACAAUGAGCAGAAAUCCAAAACUCGCCGGCAUUCUCCAAUUGAAAUGAGCAUUCAUCAACAAGAUGCAGUUAAUCCAGAAACUCGAACAAUAAUCUCCUCUGAAUUUCUACUCUCCUUUUCCUUUUUAGGUACCAUUCCAAAAAUCUAAUCUGCAAUGGCCGCCGCCGCUGCCGCCGCCUCGCUGUUCGUCCCUUCUUCCUUGACCUCAACGCGGCAUAGACAGAGCAGUUCAAUCACUCCGCUGAGCUCUUCGUCAUCUUGCUUCUCAACUGGUGGGACCUCCGCGUGGGGCCAUGAAAAGUUUCAGCGACUUUUUCUCUCUCCUUCGUUUCAUUCGAGUAAGAAAAUGCACGCGCGUAGGUUUCGGAGAGCGACUGUGGUCGUCGCCGCAGCUGAUUACUACUCCACGCUUGGGGUGCUAAAAUCUGCCAGCACCAAGGAAAUUAAAGCUGCUUACAGAAAGCUGGCAAGGCAGUACCAUCCUGAUGUCAAUAAAGAGCCUGGAGCAACUGAAAAGUUCAAGGAGAUCAGUGCAGCUUAUGAGUUGAUUGAGAAAUCGAAGCUAUCAUUGCCGUAUAAGUUCGAUCUGGUACUAUCAGAUGACAAAAAAAGAGCUUUGUAUGAUCAAUAUGGUGAAGCUGGAGUCAAAAGUAGCGUUGGUGGAGCUGGCGGUUAUGCGGCAACCAACCCAUUUGAUCUAUUUGAAGCAUUUUUCGGGUCUAGUAUGAGUGGGUUCCCUGGAAUGGAUGGAUCUGGAUUUGGAACCACACGACGCAGUACUGUUUCGAAAGGUGAAGAUAUCCGUUAUGAUAUGACAUUGGAAUUUUCGGCGGCUAUAUUUGGGACUGAGAAAGAAUUUGAGUUGUCCCAUCUUGAGACCUGUGAAGUUUGUGCUGGCACUGGAGCAAAAGUAGGCUCCAAAAUGAGAAUAUGCUCAACAUGUGGUGGCAGAGGACAAGUCAUGAGAACUGAACAAACACCGUUUGGCUUGUUUUCACAGGUAUCUAUAUGCCCGAAUUGUGGUGGGGAUGGGGAAAUGGUAUCUGAAUCCUGCCGUAAAUGCUCUGGUGUUGGUCGGGUACGAGUUAGAAAAGAUAUCAAAGUGAAAAUUCCUCCUGGAGUUGCGAAAGGAAGUAUUCUUCGAGUUUCUGGAGAGGGUGAUGCUGGGCCAAAAGGAGGCCAACCUGGAGAUCUUUAUGUCUAUCUUGAUAUUGAGGAGAUACCUGAGAUUCAAAGAGACGGCAUAAAUCUCAACUCAACUAUUUCAGUCAGUUAUCUGGAUGCCAUAUUGGGGACUGUUAUGAAGGUUAAGACAGUUGAAGGAAUAACAGAUCUGCAAAUUCCACCUGGUACUCAACCUGGGGAUGUGCUAGUUUUGGCAAGAAAAGGUGCACCUAAACUUAACAGGCCAUCAAUCCGUGGUGACCAUCUAUUCAACGUGAAAAUUAGCAUACCAAAGCGUAUCAGUGAAAAGGAAAGAGAACUACUUGAGGAGCUUGCAACUAUUGGUAAAGCCCCUGCCAACCGUCCAAAAAGUCGCCCUAAAGUUAAAAAACCCGAUGAAAUUACGAAAAGUGAAGAAGUUCCUUUGGCAGAAAAUAAAGAUAAAUCAGAAGAUGAAGAUGACGUGUUGAAGAAGUUGAAAGAUUUUGCUGGGUCUGUUGCAAAUGGGGUUGUCAAGUGGUUUAAAAACAACUUAUGAUUUAUACCAUUUGAACCGCACCCAAUGGAUUUUCUUGGCGGCUUCAGGAUUCAAACGUGCGACAGAUCUUAGAUUUCUAGCAGAAAAAUUGCAGAAGCAUUCUUGGGGUAUUUUUUUUUUUUUUCAGUUCACCCUUUCCAUUUUUGUAAAUUAUUGCGAGCUUCACCUAAAUUGUACUCUUUUCUUUUUCGUGACCCAUUAUUUGUAAUCGGUAUCAGAUGAAAAUUUUGAGGAAAAUGAAGGUACACGUGAGGUGUAGCAAGAGCGCUGAUAGAUAUAGAAUAUAAUUGAUUUUGACUAGUCUGGAUCUUUGUUUACAUAACUCAAAAUUCCACUCAACUUUCAACUUUAAUCUAGUUUAACUCUUCUAUUUUUUAUCAAUAUAAUUGAAUAGUAUUUGUUCUCACACAUUACUUUAUUGACACUUUGUACAUUAUGUUUUGGUACAUAACGAUCUCAUUAAG